AUGGAAGAUAAGCUCUACAAGCGAAGCCUUAUCGAACCAUAUCUAACAUGCAUCCAUGGCGAAGAAGCUUACACCGUAAUGCACGAGACUCAUCAAGGACCUUGCGGAAGUCAUUCCGCAGGCCGAGCUCUCGUCAUACGGAUUAAAAAGCUAGGCUACUUCUGGCCGACGAUGAUCAGAGACUGCGAACAGUACUCCAGGCGAUGUGACAAAUGCCAAAGGCACGCCCCAAGCAUUCACGUCCCAGCUGAAACACUCUCAUCGAUCUCUUCACCUUAUCCUUUUAUGAGGUGGUCUAUGGACAUAAUAGGACCUAUGGUCUCUUCGGGACCGAAGCAAUUCCAAUACCUAUUAGUCCUUACUGACUACUUCACUAAAUGGAUCGAGGCCAAACCAUACCAACAAACGACCGAACUCGAGGUCCGGAAAUUUAUCUGGAAAGACAUCAUUUGUCGACACGGGCUCCCUUUCGAGAUCGUGACAGAUAACGGAUCUCAGUUCAUAGCUCGAACAUUCAAAGACUUCUGCAAGAAGUGGAACAUACGCAUAACGUAUUCCACACCUCGUUACCCUCAAGGGAACGGGCAAGCUGAAGCAACAAACAAAACCCUCUUGAGUAACCUCAAGAAACGACUCGACGCCCGUAAACAUAGGUGGUCCGAAGAGCUCGCAGCAGUUCUUUGGGCUUGCCGAACUACACCUCACAAAGCUACCAUGAGACCCCGUUCUCAUUAG